UGAUUUAUGUCUGAUUUAUGUCUGAUUUAUGUCUGAUUUAUCGGAUUUGGAGUUCAGUUGAUGCAAACAACAUGCAACGCGAAUUUUUUGUGGCUGGACCGCCAGAUGCUGGAUCUUGACAUCAUCCUGGUUGGAUGGAGAUAGCGGUGGGAUGCACAGCAGAUCCAGGAAGAAUCCUGGCGAAUCGCUGUUUUGUCAGCCAGGUACCGCAUGAAGCAGGCCAUAAGCUGCCUGUCCGCAGUUGCAGAUUGCGUCAUAUCGGCACCCAGCUAUGGCAAGGUGUGGCAUUUCUUCUGCGCUUCCGCUGCUCUCAGUUCUUCCAGCUUCUUCACAGCAGCUUUCAGCAGAAAAUGCUGGUUGGAGGGCAAACUCCGCUGCUGUCAGCUUCAGGAAGAUGCAGAGACCUGGUUUCAUGCGCUCUGCAGACUACAUGGCUUCAAACCAAAGGAGCUGCCAAAGUUUUGCAGCCAGGAGACACCGGAAGUCCAUUUGAAUCUUCGACUUCUGGGUCUCUAUCAGAAGUAUCUGAUGCCCGAGUUGGAGCAGGAAAUGCUCGAGAAGUGCCGUCAAGAUGACUGGAUCUCCUUGGCAUUGGAAGAUGAGGGCGAGAUCUUGCCGAUCUUCCAGCAGCUGCAACUCUUGGGCCUUCUACAAGAUCUGCUGGGCUCCUGGUGUUCCAGCCAACCUCAGUUGAUGGCCGGGCCUCUUCAGUGGUGGUUGAGGAGCACCCGAGAUGUGCGGGUGGUCGAAUCUCCGGAAGUCUCUGACCUGGUGGUGUCUGACAUCUUCCUGAAGCAGAGUGAGGAUAUGCUGCUGCUGUUGGCAGAGCUGAAUCUCCUGGACGUGUUGGAGCACUGUGAUUCCUGGUGCUGGUUGGAAGAAAAGCACGUGAACCAGCUCUUUACGGAGGACAGCUUGAUGCCACUGACGCAACUGACUUCCCUGCGGCAAGAGUUACGCUCUGCGCGAUUCUGCCAGCCUGCCGUGGCGCUGCUGUUGCAGCCUUUUCCCCGGCUGCGAGCUGAUCUGCUGGACGCAUGGUUCGACCGAGCUGGCGCCUGGAGCCCCGAAGCUUUGGCCCAGUGGGCCGCAGCACCUGGCGCGAUGCCUAAAGCAUUGCUGACUCAGCAAUGGCAGAGCCUGGCCGAGGCAGACUUCCAACGCUUUUUAUCCUUGGCACCCCUGGAGCAGCACGAUCUAUCUGAAGAACUUCGGCAGCACUUCCUGCUGUGCUGGCGGCAAGCGCGAUCUCUUCCCUGUGCAGCCGAAGCAGGUCAGAUGUAUCGGCUUUGGACCUGUCGGAUGGUCACUUUUCAUCAGCUGAUUCUAUGGCUGCUGUCUUUGCUUUGUCGACCCUGGGGCUGCCCAAAGCGUUUGGCACAAAGUGUGCAGCUGAUGAAACGGAAGGGGCAGAUGGAGAUUCUGAAGUCUGUCAUGAGUGGGCUCUUGAACGAAAUGGGGUACUUGUUCGAAGCUUUCAAGGCUUUGGUUGCCCUUCAAGCGUUCAUCCUAAAGGUGCUUUGGCAUAUUCUUUCCAGGGAGAUUGAGCAGUCGACAGCAGCUUUCGGUGCCACCAACACGCUACGCUGGAGUUCAGAGGCAUUCAUGCAGGUCUUGGCCAAUGCGCCACGCCAUGGUUUGCGUGGUGAGAAAGUGCUCACUUUUUCCUUUUUUUUUGCAAGGUAG